UCAAGAUUUUGAUUCUAUUUUAAGAGGACUGAGACAGGACCAGGUUGUGUCAGGUGUUAUAUUCAGUUUCUACGGAUUUCUAUCUGCUACAACAAACCACAGAGGCUGCUUUCUCCUCCAGAUGGGACAAUAAUAAGUUCGUGCUCACAUCAGUCACCUGCCACAGAGAUGAAGGAGCUUGUUCUUCUGCUCAUUUUAUUCCCUAUCGCUCAUUCAGUUAAAAACUCUUUGAUGUUGAAUCUCACGAUAUCUUCUGGAGUCCCAGACGUACCAGAAUAUGUGGUUGUGGCAAAAAUUGACGGAAUUACUGUGGUUUACUACAACAGCAGCAUGAAAGCACCAGAACCCAGACAAGUCUGGGUGAAAAAAUUAAUUGAUAAAUAUCCAGGGCGAUGGAAAAAUGGUACUCAGAAAUGCAAGGAGUAUUAUGAUGUCCUCAAAUAUGAAACAGGCAUCAUUACUAAAUACUCCAACCAAACCGGAGGUGUUCAGAUUGUCGAGCAGAUCAUCGGUUGUGAAUGGGACGACGAGACUGACCUGGUUGAUGGCUACAAGAAGUAUAGUUUGAAUGGAGAAGAUUUCAUUGCAUUUGAUGUGAAGACAGAGACUUGGAUCUCUUCAAACCCUCUGGCUGAAAGCAUUAAACAGAAGUGGGACAGAAAUAAAGACAGAAAUGGAUACUGGAAGAACCUCCUCACAAAUGAUUAUGUUGAUGUGCUGAAGAAGUAUAUCAAAUAUGUGAAGAAUGUCCUGAAUAGAAAAGACGUCACCUCAGUGUCUCUCCUCCAGAAGACUCCCUCCUCUCCAGUCAGCUGCCACGCUACAGGUUUCUACCCUGACAGAGCCAUGAUGUUCUGGAGGAAAGAUGGAGAGGAGAUUCAUGAAGGAGUGGAACAUGGAGAGAUCCUCCCCAACCAUGAUGGAUCCUUCCAGAUGAAUGUUGACCUGGACAUUUCAUCAGUCUCACCUGAAGACUGGAGGAGGUACGACUGUGUGUUUCAUCUCUCUGGAGUUGAGGACAUUGUCACUAAUCUGGACCAACCACGGAUCCUGCCUCGUUACUCAGCAUUUCCUACUCGUAUUAUUGUCGGUGGAGUUGUUGGGGGACUGCUGCUCCUGGCUCUCUGUGUCACUGGAAUCAUAAUCUGGAGAAGGAACAAUAAAGGUCAGGAACAAAGAUGGUUAACUGUAACAUCGACUUUUUCAACAAGCUCUUUAGUAAUGAGUUGGAUCUGUAAGAAAUGUAUCUUACAAACAAGACAAACAAAAAUAAUUACACUGUGAUCUGUUUUCAGGAUUCAGACCUGCAAACUGUAAGUAUUCUGUCUUUACGUCACAUGUCACAUAGAUACAUAUGCAAUAUUUAUACAGCAUACAGAAAUGAAUUGUUGCUAUUUGUAUUGCUACUUAAUGAACUUUUGAUGUGUAAUGUGUCAUUUGCUCGUGCAUUGUACUGGUAACAGAAGUAGGAAAGUCAUGAAAGUAAUUAGUACCUGCUUGUUCUCUCAGAUGAUUUACUGUUUGUUUGUUUUCUUGUAUUUUCACUUGCAGCAGCAGAAAACAAGACAUCUACAGAUGAAACUAUCAUUUAAGAACUACUGUUCAAGCAAACCAUUUUCUGAAUAAGAACAUUUAUUAGAAAUAUGAUGUUGUAUAUUUUCUUAUAUUUUCUAGUGAUGAUCAGUUGUACUUUUAACAAAAAAACAUUAACCAUUUAAUUGGACCGAUAUAUAUAUAUAUGUGUGUGUGUGUGUUUGUGUGUGUGUGUGUGUGUGUGUGUGUGUGUGUGUGUGUGUGUGUAUAUAACAAUUUGAACUACAAGCCUCUGUCAAUGUCUCUACUGUUGGAGUGAUAUCUGAAGAUAAUGCUAUGUCAACUUGUUUCUGCACCCUGCUGGUGGAGGAGGGUCACUGCAACCGCUGAGAGACACCAAAGAUUAAGACAAAACAUGUCCCUGUCAUUUAUCACCACGUACUCCUCUGAUAUGCUCUCUUUCUUUGUGAUGAAUUCCAGUUACAUGAGAUGUGGCCAUUGUCAGUGUUUUAGUCAGGAUGUAUGCAGUCACUGGUGGUAUAUUAAACCUGUUUCACUCGGUUACUCCUGUCUAUAAUAAUAUACAAAUAAAUCCUCUGGGAUUUGCUUUUAAAGUAGCAACAAAACGUU